GUCGAUUGACAGGCUAUAGUACAACUUUAGCAGAACUUGGAAACAUUGUAUGCGAGUGAAAAACAAGAACAUGGAUUCUGAUUAUAAAGGGAAAGUCUGUGUUACAGGAGCUGCUGGUUAUCUUGCUUCUUGGUUGAUCAAGAGGCUUCUCUUAUCUGGUUAUCAUGUCAUUGGAACAGUCAGAGACCCCGGGAAUGAGAAGAAAGUGGCGCACUUGUGGACGCUGGAGGGAGCAAAAGAGAGACUCCGGCUGGUGAAGGCGGAUUUAAUGGAAGAGGGAAGCUUCGACGGUGCGAUUAUGGGAUGCGAGGGCGUGUUCCACACCGCCUCCCCUGUACUGAGACCUUCUAGAGAUCCAAAGGCAAAGAUCCUGGAACCGGCCAUUGAGGGUACUUUGAAUGUGCUACGCUCGUGCAAGAAAAACCCAAACCUAAGGCGUGUUGUUCUCACCUCGUCUUCUUCAACAGUGAGGGCUAGAGAUGAUUUCGACCCAAACGUACCAUUGGACGAGUCGACUUGGAGCUCCAUAGAACUUUGCGAAAGUCUCCAGAUAUGGUACGUUCUAUCAAAAACAUUAGCUGAGAAGGCAGCUUGGGAAUUCUGUGACGAGAACAAGAUCGACCUUGUCACAGUGCUUCCGGCAUUUCUCAUUGGACCCAGUUUACCACCCGUUUUGUGCUCUACUGCAUCCGAUGUCCUCGGAUUACUUAAAGGGGAAACAGAAAAAUUCCAAUGGCAUGGGAGGAUGGGAUACGUCCACAUCGACGACGUUGCGCGCUGCCAUAUUCUCGUUUACGAGGAAAGAAGCGCUUGUGGGCGCUACAUUUGUAGCGCAGUCGUCAUGGAUAACAUGGAACUGGUGUCAUUCUUAUCGUCGCGCUAUCCAUCUCUACCUGUGCCAAGAAGGUUCGAGCCUCUGGAUAGGCCAUACUACGAGUACAAUACGUCGAAGCUGAAGAGCUUAGGGUUCGAGUUCAAGUCGGUUGAAGAGAUGUUUGAUGACUGUCUUGCUUCACUUGUGGAGCAAGGCCAUCUCAAACCAGUCAAGUUCAGCUCUAGUUGAGAUUGUCUUUGCCCCAAAGUUGGCUAGUUCAAUGUUCCUCCGUACCUCCAUUGUCUUUCAUCAGUUGAUUAUGCUGUGAUACAUUUUAUCACACCACUCAUUUCUGCAAGAAAAGGAGAUCUAUCUGUUUCACUCA